GACGACUCAAUGACAUGACGUCAUAAUACAUUUGCUUUGCAACAAGAGGAGAAGAUUUCAGAAUGGCGUUUAAAAUUGAUUUCGAGGAAGUGCUAGAUUUUGGAGAGGAGGCGGUGAAGAGUGUGGACGAAAAGAUGAACAUAUUAAAAUUUACAUACAACUGGGCUGAUAUAGUGGAGGAAGAAGAAAAAUUAAAGCAAGAGACAAAGAUCGAGGGAAAAAAACGGGACCCGCAAAAAAUAUUGAGGAGAAACCACGAGAAAAGAAUGAAGGAAAUUGAAGACAAAAGGCGACACAGGCUGUUGUUGAGCCAGGUUCAUGGGGAAUUGUUGAAAAUCUUCAAUGCUAAACAGAGAAAGCGAGAUCACCAAAAAAUAUUAAAGCUCAACCAUGGGAUACGUAUGAAGAAGAUUGCGACAAAAAGAAAGACGAAUGAACUUAUCAUGACAUCAUAUAAACGAUUACUGGAAAGAUUCGAGGCUAAGAAAAAGCAUGCAGAAUUACUGAAGACUGUCCACAAUGAGCUAUUGAGUGUGAUGAAAAAAGAACAAAACAAAGAUACAACUGGAGAGAAAACACUGCUAACUAGACUCAAGGAACUGGCAGACAAAGCAAAAGAAAUGGUCAAAAGGAUGUGUUUUCAGUGGUUUUGAAAAAAAAAGUGUCGGACAAAUUUUACUUCAUUCACAUAUUAAUUUUUGGAUUAAACGUAGUUAACCUUUAAUCGAGUUUUCUUUUUUAUCAAUUAAACAUAUGC